AUGUCCACGGAGCGUGCUAUAGGUAGUACGAUUGUCCUCAUUACCAACAGCCUAAUCCGCUACGAGGGGACCCUGGGUCAAAUCGAUGGGCCAAACAACACCGUCAGCCUGACAAAUGUGCGUGUCUUCGGUACGGAGGACCGCGCCGAGGGUGCGGGGCAGGCCCAAAUUCCCCCUGCUGAGCAACUGUUUGACCAGAUUGUCUUCCGCGGAUCUGACAUCAAGGAACUGACAGUGUUUGAGGAGCCGCAUAAUCCCAUGAUGGACCCGGCAGUUGUGACGGCGCUCCCUGCCCGCAACCCUCCUGCCAGGCUGACGUCCACGCAGCCGCGCGGUGGUCCUUCAUCUGGCCACCCCCACCCACUGCAGCAGCAGCAGCAGCAGCAGCACCAUCAUCAUCAACCGCACCACCAACACCAGCACCAACACCAACACCAGCAGCAGCGUUACGGCGGUGGUGGCUACCGUCGUGGAGGUGGCGGUAGCGGCUAUCGCGGGGCACGUCGUGCGGAUGGGCACACGGGGCAGGAUUUCCGCCCUGCCACGGGGGCCGCGAAGGAGGAGUUCAAGGACGACUUUGACUUCUCAAAGAGCCGGGAGGAGUUUGAGAAGAAGAAGAACGAGUUUGAAAAGGCCAAGGAGGAAGCCAAGACGCAUAGCAAGGUUUAUGACAGGAGCAGCUUCUUUGACAAGAUAUCUUGCGACCAGGAUCGCGUCAUCCGGCUGGACCGUGAGGGAAUGAAAAGAGCUGACGCUGAGACGUUCGGCAGCGAGAUGGUUGGCAAUAUGCGUGGCCCACGCCGUGGCCGCGGUGGCCGCGGCCGCUACAAUGGCCGCUAUAACUGA